AGUUUAACUGCAGUAAAAGAGGAUUUAGGCUGGGUUUAAGUGAUGAAUUAAUCGAGUGUCGGGUAUAAAUACCGCCUGGCCCCCCGGCUACCGGUACCGGGCUGCAAGAAAGGUCGUUGCUCGUCUGCGUCUUCUCUCGAUCUCUCCGGCCUCGGCAGCGAAGGGCGGGACCCCACCGAGCGCCGCCUCCUUCUCGCUCUUCUUUUGUUCUCUUCCGCGCCCGAUGAGAAUGGAAGGAAAAGGAGCGGCGCUUCUGGUCGCUCUUCUCGUCGUGGCCGCCGUCCUCGCCGCGAUCCCGUCCUGCUCCGCCGCAGCCACGACCACCCUGCCGAAGAAGCCGAAGGCGUCGGCUCCGCCGCCGUCGGUCGACACCGGCCGCCGGACGCCCUCCUCCGCCGUCUUCCGCCUCCGGGGCAACGUCUAUCCCAAUGGGGCAUACUACACGACGAUGAACAUCGGGAAUCCGCCGAAACCCUAUUACAUGGACGUCGACACCGGCAGCGACAUCACCUGGCUCCAAUGCGACGCCCCCUGCCAAAGAUGCUCCAAAGUGCCUCACCCACUGUACAAGCCGCCGAAGAGCAGCCUGGUCCCCUGCGAGAACGCGCUCUGCUACGCGGUUCACGCCUCCAUCCAUCAGAAGCACAAGUGCGAGUCCCCGGGGCAGUGCGACUACGAAGUACAGUACGCCGACCACGGCUCCUCCAUUGGAGUCCUCGUUGCUGACGCCCUCGACCUCCCCCUCAUCAACGGCUCUACCCUCCGUUCUCGCAUCGCCUUCGGGUGCGGGUAUGACCAGCUGUUCAGGAACCCGGAGGAGCGGAUGCUGACGGACGGUGUGCUGGGGCUCGGCUUUGGGAAGGCCAGCAUCCUAUCCCAGCUGAGUGACUCGGGGGUUAUCCACAAUGUAAUGGGCCACUGUCUCAGUAGCAGAGGAGGCGGCUAUCUUUUCCUGGGGGAUGGCCUAGUCCCUCCCUCUGGGAUAACCUGGGCGCCCAAAAUUCCAUUUGGAGACAGCAAUUAUUACUCGCCAGGGCCAGCAAGCCUCCUCUUGGGGACCCAGUCUUUGGGGUCCAAGCUCCAGGUGGUAUUGGACAGCGGAAGCUCCUAUACCUACUUCGGAUUUCAACCGUACCGAGAUUUUAUAUCUGCGAUAAAAAAGGAUCUAUCUAGACAGCCACUGAAAGAUGCACCUGAUGACAAAUCUCUACCCUUGUGCUGGAAAGGCCCGAGAUCGUUCAGGUCUGUACUUGAUGUCAAGAAGUAUUUCAAGCCAUUGGUUCUAAGCUUUGGGAAUGGGAGGAAAGCAACGAUGGAAAUACCUCCGGAGAAUUAUCUGAUCGUUUCGAAGAAAGGCAAUGCAUGCUUGGGCAUUCUCAAUGGCACGGAAGCUGGUCUACCUCAUGAUCUCAAUGUGAUCGGAGAUAUAUCCUUGCAGGACCUCGUGGUCAUUUAUGACAAUGAAAGGCGGCAGAUUGGAUGGGGCCAAGCAAACUGUGACAGGGUUCCUAAUGCAGAUAGAAUUGAUGGCUUCUGCCAGCCUCAAUUUGCCAGCAUGGGUAUCCUAACAGAGGAGUGUCCUGCUUACUACCAUUCAGAUACAGUUUGACCUAGAUAGAAGGAAAAUGGCUCUGAAAAUGAAAUGAAGACAGGAGCUUGCAUUGUGUCUGUCUCGAUGUUUACAUAUGUGGAUACAAACAUUCAAAAUUUAUAAUGAUACCUCUCGAACAUUUGUUAGUACAAUAAAUACAUCAAAA